AUGGGAUCAAAUGGGGUGACAAACCUAACGCGAACACACUUAACGAGUACGAAGAUAUUCGGCGAUGAGUUGGUCGACGAAGAGGUGGUCAUCGGUGGCGCUCGUGAUGUGUUGAACGCAAUGCUUGUUAUCAUCGAUAGUAUCACAAACUCUGAACACAUGAGCCCUCAAUUGGGCGCGAAUUUCGUCAAGAGAUCCGUCACUUUGGAGGGCAGACAACACGGCUGUCGUGGACACCAACCGCGAGUUAGGCCAGUCAUGCGAUCAAUGGUGGUAUCAGUGAUCACUUACCGCUCUUUAACGGUUCCAACUCUUUGUCUUCAGUGGUGUUAUCCAUGGAUAAUUAGCAGUCUAUGGAGUGUGAGUACAGCACUAUAUCCGCGAGAGUCUGAGACCAGAGAUUUGAAACUAUUGGACGGCUUUUGGAACUUUCGGGUCAUUACUGUAGACGAGGACCAAAAUGUUGGCUUCACUGACAAGUGGUAUACAAAACCACUGACAGGGGAUGUGAUCCCAAUGCCGGUGCCGUCGAGUUAUAACGACAUAACUCAGAGCAGAUACUUACGAGACUACGCGGGAUGGGUUUGGUAUGACUCGUCAUUCUUCGUGCCUCAGGAGUGGAAAGACUCUGAAGUGGUCCUGAAUUUCGGAAGUGUUAACUAUGAGGCCAUUGUAUACGUGAAUGGAGAGAAUGUGAUGAACCAUACGGGCGGACACUUACCCUUUGAAGAGUAUGUGACAAAACACCUUAACUAUGGAGAAAGCAAUAGAAUAACUGUGGCUCUGAGUAAUGUCUUAACUCAGGAGACUAUACCUCAGGGUCUGGUGGCCUAUAAGAAUGAUACAAAAGGAUUAUAUCCCAAAGGAUUUUAUAUAACAAAAACAAAUUUCGAUUUUUUCAAUUAUGCGGGUAUUCACAGACAUGUCUCGCUCUAUGCCUUACCCAAGGACCACAUAAACGAUAUAACAGUUACCACUGAUAUCAAAGACACCAAAACCGGAGUCAUUAACUAUUCAGUCACUCAUAGCGAUCAGACCUCCAAAGCUGAGUGUGUUGUCGAUGUGUUGGAUAAAAGUGGGAAAGUUGUUUCAUCAAGUAAA